UGUUAGCUUUCUGUGUUUCGUGCGUAGCGCAUUAGGUAGCUUUAUAGCUAAUCUGAGUAAACAGUAAGAAGCUCUUUAGCACAGUUAGCUAGCUGACAGGCUCGCGCUUCUGACUACCUUCCUUAGAUUGGUCGCUAAAAUAACGCUUUUAAAUCAUUUUACUUUCGGUUUUUCAGGACUACGUUAAUGUUUCUGUAUGAAAAUAUGUUUCUGUUAUCUGUUAUGUUGUUGUACAGCGUUAUUAAGGUAAUAGUGAUGACUUUUAUGUUGUAAAGGGAUGUCGUUUGUGCGGAUUAACAGAAGACCAGCGCGAGCGAAGAAAGUGUCAGUUCCCAGGAAAGAGUGGGUGAGCACAGUUAAUGACCUGUCAGUGCACAGAGCUACAGCUGAGGAACUGUCCAGGCGCCAUGACCAGCACCGAUCUCACAACAGAGCUGCUGCACAGUGGGAGCUGAGGGAGAAAGCGCUGAAGAAGAGAAAGCCCCGGCAGGCCAGCCCUCCUGGACUAGACCAGAGCAGACUGCGAUUAUUCAGAGAGGUGUUCUCGGAUCACUGUGAGCUGCAGGACGUUCUCGCGCGGUCUGACAGAGCACUGGCGGUGGUGAGGGAUCUGUUCGGCGACGCACCUCGCAGACAGAAAGGUUUUCCGAGCGUAACCAUGGCGCCUGACUGCGAGUCGGAUUCUGAACUUCCUGUGCUGCAGAAACCGGAUCCACCAACACAGCUGUCACUGCUCAGCCAAUCAGUAAUGGACCAACAGGCUUUAAAUGAAGUGGAUGAUUCUGCAGCAGAGCAUGGGGAAGAUCUUCAGGAUGUCUCGGUCAGCUUCAGCAGUGAAAUGUGCAGGCCGAAGAGAAAAACGUGUAAAGCAAAGCCUCCUGUUUGGAGAACAACUCAGCAACCACAGCAGCAGAACGUUCCUCAGACUCCCUGUAACGCAACAAGCUCAGAGGACCAUGCGGCUCUGAACGCAACCCUGGCUGUGCAGCGUCUGAAGUCGAGGCAGUCUCAUUCAGAGGCAGACCAGUCCACCACUCUCGUCACUCAGGUCCUCAAUCCUGAACCGUCUCCCUCUCGUUCUGGUGGUAAGAGCAGGUCGUUCAGAACCACCAGAGGGCGCUCUCCUGAAGCCUCAGGCUUUAGCUCUCAGAGUGCUAACCAGUCGAGCCUGGAGCUGCUGCAGGACAUGCUGGCUCAGGUGGAGACUGAACUGGCCUGCUUGGAGCCGCAGGAGCUUUUUGGACCCUCGGAGCAACCCGAGCUUCAGCAUGGCCGUGGCCUUACUGGCUUCUCUGUGGCUCUUGUUGGUACUUUAGGACGCAUCGUUGGUCAUCUGAGACGAAGGGACGAGGAGAUGCAAAAGGAGGCACAUGUGAGGAAGAGGAUGGAAGAGGAGAUGAAGGAGCAGAGAAGCCUGAUUGAUGCCCUCACAGCGGAGUGUCUCACACUGAGAGAGGAAAGCGCUGCCCUACAGGCGAAUGUGCAGGAGCGGAUAGCUGAACUCGAACAGCGGCUGGACAUGGUGAUCCUUACAAUGGGAGAGCUGGGAAAAGACGGAGACACACAGGGCGAAGAGGAAAACACACCAAGUGGAAGCCUCCAGCCUGUCAGUGCUGAGAGAGACCAAGAGGAGCCAGCCCCGAUCUCUCCUGCUGUGCUGCUCUCUCCUCCACACCAGAGAGACAGCAGAGCGCCGCCUACAGCACGCGCCCGAUCUUUGCACUUCGAGGGCUCUCACACUUCAAGCAGUGGUUCACCAGGAGAGUCGGACAUCUCGUGCACUCCGUCCUCAUUCGCUAGCCUGCCCGAGAGCGUCCUGCCUCGUCCUGCCCCGCUGCUGAACCAGCUAUCCCAGGAUGCCAUGCUGGAGCAGAUAGCGGAGUUAACCCGUCAGAACGCAGUGAUCCGGGCUCAGCUGGGGCACAACCAUGCCUCUCCUACACAAUGCUCAGACGGACGUGCAUCGCCCCCUGCUGGACCCACACAACAGUGUGUGGGUGUGGAGGAUUCCUCAGUGAGGCUUAUGGAGGACAGACUUCAGGAGCUGAACAGACAGAGUGCAGCAGCCAGGGCGAAACUGCUGGAGCUUAUCGAGCAGCAGAGACAGACCACAUCUCACAGCGCCUCUCCCUCCAUCUCCCCCAUACCCCCACACUCCACCAGUCCUCACACAGUUAUUGGAAGGCGGACUCCUGAAGUGUGCGUGUCUGUACCUGAAAGAGCCCAGCCCUCUCACGCCAGGACAAACGGCAGAAGGUCAGCUGAAGCAGUUUCUCCACAAAAUGUAGAGGGAAGACAAAAGCAGUCUGUUAAUACACAGGUGGAUAAACUGAAAGGAGAAGGCUGGUUUGCGCUGUCAGCUCACGUCCGAUAGCUUGACUGACUGGAGGACUGGAGGGACGCUACAGUUACACACUACCUGCAUUCUUUCAUUCUUGUCUCCCUGGCUGUUUUAGUUUUUAAUUUUGCACAUGUCAAUAAAUUUUAGACAAACA